GAAAAACUGAACUCGCGUUGAAUUCCAACACAACAUUUCUCCAGAUAUUUUGUGAUUUAGAAACGUCUCCAGCUUCUGUUUCCUGCUCACUUUGAGCCAAUCUCUCUGGCUGUGAAACCCGAGCCCCCGGGCCAAAUAUAGCCCCACACAGCGAGCAGCGAGGGGACAGAUGGGACGGCAGGCCAUGCAGAGCGGCGAGCAACACGACCCGAAACACAGAUCCUGACGCCCGCUGACCCAACUCUGCUCUGCUGGAGAAACACACUUCUUCUUCUUGUUCUUCUUCUUCUUGUUCUUCUUCACCGAGAAACAGAAACCUGGACGCACCAGACCGGGAGGACGCGUGUGGACAAACAGACGUCUUUAAGGAUGCAGGACGGGAGCUGGAAUCAGACCCCCCCCGUCUCUCUGCUGCUGAAGGACUCCGCAGCGGGCCGGGCUCUUGAGGCCGAUGGUGGGGUGUUCUCCGAGGCGUCCUCUGAGGGGGGGGGCCCAUACAUGGACUCAGUCCCAGAGCUGGACUCUGGGGAGGGGGGGUUUGCAGACCUCACUGCCUUCCUGAGUGCAGAGGAGAUCCACCGCAGCCUGGACCUGGCCCUGGAGGCCUUCGGGGCCACGCUGGAGGACCCAGACUCCUCUAGAGCCGCUGAACAGAACCCCCCUACUAAAGCCUCCUGCCCGUCUGAAGGUGCAGCAGCUGAAGCCCCCCCCCUCAGUAAACACACGUCCAGAGAGGUGGAGAAGCCCCUCCGCCUCAAACCCCUGCCCCCCGUCUAUAAGCAGGAUAAGCCCCGCCUCCUGCACGAGGGCCUGGAGCUGAACGACCGCGCGGCGUCCGCCUCGGAGUUCUGCAGCCGCGCCGCCACCUUCAUCGAGGAGCUGUCCUCCAUCUUCAGAGGCUCCGCCCACCCGCAGGGGGAGGACGACGCCUCCUCCCCGGACAGCGGGUACCUGACCCCCCGGGGUCAGAGGCCGAACCCUGCUCCUCCUCAGCCCCCCCGCCACCAGGAGGAGGUGCAUCACAGCGAGCCGGCGGGGAGCCUGGAGCCUCCUCCUCCUCCUGCAGCGUACCACCACCCCCCCGCUGCGGCUCCGUCACAGGGCCCGCUGUCCCCCCCCUGCUUCCUGCAGAAACUGAAGAGCCAGGAGGUGGCCGAGGGGAGCCCCAUCCGCCUGGAGUGCAGAGUGAUUGGAAACCCCCCCCCAUUGGUCAGGUGGUUCUGUGAGGGUCGGGAGUUGCACUCGUCCCCUGACAUCCAGAUCCUGAGCGAUGGAGACCUGCACACGCUGGUGAUCAACGAGGCGUUCGAAGACGAUACGGGACGCUACACCUGUGUGGCCUCCAACAGCACGGGGGCCGACAACACCUCCGCUGAGGUCUACAUCGAGGGAGCGUCGUCCACAGACUCAGAGGGAGAAGGAGGAGCGUCCAAGUCCCGAUCAGGAAACAUGCCUCAGUACAAGAAGAAGAGCACCUCCUUGUCGCUGACCAUCCGCUCAGCGUCCCCCAAAAGCCCGACCCCCCCCCCCCACCGAUCCACGCUGGUGCAGGCCCUGUCGCAGCCCCCCCCACGGAUGCAGAGUCCAGUGUCCUCUCUGCUGGCUGCAGAAGUGUCCGGUCCUCCUACUUUCACCAAGCUGCUGCAGGACGCUCAGGCCUCCGAGGGUCAAGUGGUGGUUCUGGAGUGCCGGGUCCGGGGAGGUCCUCCUCUGCAGGUCCGCUGGUUCCGGCAGGGAGAGGAGAUCCUGGACUCCCCCGACUUCAGGAUCCUGCAGAAAAAACCUCGCUCUGCAGCUGAGCCAGAGGAGAUCUGCACACUUGUGAUAUCCGAGGCAUUCCCGGAGGACGGGGGUUUGUUCUGCUGCUCGGCCUCCAACCUGCAGGGCUCCGUCAGCAGCUCCGCCCGGCUCUCCGUCACCGCAGCAGGGGAGGACCCCUCCUCUAACGGCCUGGCUGCUGACGGGUCAGGGUUUGAGGAUCUGGCCUCCUUCCCCCCUCCACCCCCUCCCACAGAGAUCAGCCUCCUGGAGCUGCCUCCCAAGAUGCCCCCGCCGCCCGGAGCCUUCCUCACCCAGGUCUGGCCCAACGUCUCCUCCUCAGAGGGGAGGGAGAGGGAGAGGGAGAGGGAGGGUGUGUCCAUACAGAACGGACAACCAAUGAAAACACCAGCAGCACCUAAAGCCACCACCCCCCCACCUCCUCCUCCACCCCCACCACCUCUUCCUCUGGUGACAGAAGCCCCGGCUCAGGCUCCAGACUCCCCCCCAUCCACGGGAAAGGAGGGCCCCCCGCUGCCCACCAAACCCAAACCAAAGCUAGCUGAGCAUAGAGAGGAGAAGGCAGAACACUACAGGAACGCGUUGCAGCUGAAGCAGCUUCAGGAUCAGAUCCUUUUGGAGCAACAGGAAGUCACCUGGCAGCCGGACCAGCCCAGACAGGAAGUCCCGCCUCCGCAUCAGGAAGUGCCUCCACCUCCACCUCCACCUCCACCUGCACCUGCUCCUCCCUCCCCCCCUCUCCCGCCUCCCCCCUGCUUCCAGGAGCUGGAGAGCGGUGCCACCAUGCAGGCCAGCACCUUCAACUACGCCCGGCCCAAACAGUUCAUCGCCGCGCAGAGCUUCCACCCCCCCUCCCCAUCCCCAUCCUCCUCCAGCCUGUCCUCACCCCUGUCCCCCCCCACCUCACACAAGCCCUUCCCCCCCCGAGCUGGCGUCCCCCCCCUCACCCCGGCGGACAGCGUGGAGUCUCCCACCUCCCCCUCCUUCCCGCCUCCCCCCCCGCCCUUCCUCAGUAACCUCUCCUCCCCAACCGGUCCCACCCAGGACUUCCCUCCCCCGCCGCCGCCACCCCCCCCUGCCGUCCCCAUGUCCCCCGCCCUCUCUGAUGUGUCCUCGCCAUUUUCCUCCGUCCCGCCGUCUCCCGCCUCCAGCUUCCUGUCCUCCGUGCUGCCCUCCACCCCCUCCAGCCCCGGCUCCCCCGGCAGCCCCCUCCUCAACGCCCUGGGCCUCCCCAAAGGAAACGGCACGAUCAGAGCGUUCCCCAGGAAGUCCUCGGUGACCCGGACCCCCCGCCUGACCUCGGACUCGGACAUCCAGGGCUCCAAAGACGCCGUGAUCCAGGACCUGGAGAGGAAGCUGCGCUUUAAGGAGGAGCGCGUCAGCAACGGCCAACAGAAGUUAACCUAUGAGGAGAAGAUGGCCCGCCGGCUCCUGGGGGCCGACAGCGCCGCCACCGUGCUGCACUCAGGGGAGAGCGAGGAGGAACCCAGUAGUACCCAGAAGUCCAGGCAGCCAAUCAAAGCUCCUGAAUGCUUGGCCCAAUCAGAAUCCAGGGAAUGGACCGGGGACAGAUGCACUCUGGGAGCAACAGGUGGAGGUGAACUGGUGAAGGAACCAGCUGAGUGUCUCUCAGGGGGCCGCAGUGUUUACACAGAAGUGUGUGUGAAGAGUGUGUGUGGAGAGUGUGAGCUGUGUGCCCGCUCUGAUGCGUUAUCUCUCCAUGCUUCCUCUCAGGAGUACAAGGUGUCGAGCUUCGAGCAGCGCCUCAUCAGUGAGAUCGAGUUCCGUCUGGAGCGCUCCCCGGUGGAGGAGUCGGACGACGACGUGCAGCACGACGAGGACUCCGUGGGGGGGGUGGCUCCAUCCUUGGACCAGAAGAUCAAACACUACAAAGUGUUCGAGGGCAUGCCAGUCACCUUCUCCUGCAAGGUGCACGGAGAGCCCAAACCAAAGGUGUACUGGUUCAAGGACGGGAAGCAGAUCUCUAAGCGCAGCGAGCAUUACCGGAUCAGCCGGGACGCUGACGGGACGUGCUCCCUGCACACGGCCGCUGCCUCGCUGGAUGACGACGGGAACUACACCAUCAUGGCCGGAAACCCCCAGGGCAGGGUGAGCUGCACCGGCCGGAUGAUGGUCCAGGCCGUGAACCAGAGAGGACGCAGCCAGCGCUCUGCCCCCGGACACAUGCGCCGACCCCGGUCCCGGUCCAGAGACAGCGGCGAUGAGAACGAUAACAUCCAGGAGAGACACUUCAGGCCUCACUUCCUGCAGGCGCCCGGAGACCUGAUCGUCCAGGAGGGACGCCUCUGCCGCAUGGACUGCAAGGUGAGCGGGCUGCCCACCCCCGACCUGCUGUGGCAGCUGAACGGACAGACCAUUCGCCCUGACUCGGCCCACAAGAUGCUGGUGCGGGAGAACGGCGUCCACUCAUUGGUCAUUGAGCCGGUGAGCAGCCGCGACGCCGGCAUCUACACCUGCAUCGCCUCCAACCGGGCCGGGCAGAACUCCUUCAACCUGGAGCUCAUCGUGGCAGCCCGGGAGAUGCACAAAGCCCCCUCCUUCGUGGAGAAGCUGCAGAACACCAGCGUGGCGGACGGUCACCCGGUGAGGAUGGAGUGCCGGGUCAGCGGGGUUCCGGCCCCCCAGAUCUUCUGGAAGAGGGAGAACGAGUCGUUCACCCACAACACGGACAGAAUCAGCAUGCACCAGGACAACUGCGGCUACCUGUGUAUGAUCAUCCAGCCGGCGAUGAAGGAGGACGCCGGCUGGUACACCGUCUCCGCCAAGAACGAGGCCGGCAUCGUGUCCAGCACCGCGCGCCUCGACGUCAACACCCAGUGGCAGCAGCCGAACCCCCCCCGCAUGAAGAAGGUGCGUCCGUCCACCAGCCGCUACGCCGCGCUGACAGAGCGGGGGCUGGACGUCAAGGCCGCCUUCUUCCCUGACUGCUCCCCCCUGCAGCCCGGGGGCCUGGUAGAGAGCGACGACCUGUAGACCCAUCCCCCCCCAUCCCAUCCUGAAACACCUGAGGUCCGACCCCCACCCCCACCCUGAAACACCUGAGAGACAGACUCUUUAUGACGGAGACGGGGCGCAGAGGGCCUCAGACUGAAGCUUUUCUUACCUUUUUAUAGUUUCACACAUUAUAUCCCACAAUGCAUCAACAGACCCCCCCCCACGCUUUGUUUAUCAUCGGAACCUGAACGCACCACGAGGAGACCGUGUGUCAGGAGCUGUGCCUCUCGGGACCGUACGGACGAAGGCCUGCACAGAUCCUCCUCAGAGUGUGCUCCUCCUCCUCCUCCUCCUCCUCCUCCUCAGUGUGCUCCUCCUCCUCAGAGCUUUGCUCAAACACAGUGUGUGUAUGGAAUGUCUCCUGCAGAAUAACACACACACACACACACACACACACACACACACACACACACACACAGAGCACAGCACACACACUUUGUUAUGUGAAUGGUUUCAGAGUCAGCGCGUCACAGAGGAACUGAAAGGAAUGGGCUUAAAGAGGGAGAGCUACGGAAGAGGAUGAGGGCCAAAAGAGACACUGCAGCUGGAGCUUCAUUGCUGACAUAAAGAUCGUUUUUAAUCUAAAUGACACGUUUCUGACAUGUUUACAGAAGCAGAGGAGGCCUUAUCUCAUUUAAAAUGUGCUCAUCUGCAUAUUUCCAGAAGAGCAAAGUAAACACAGAUUCAUUUCCUGUUGCUAGGGUCAGAGGGUCGUACUGAGGAGGUCUCUGAAUCAGAAAAAAAGGUGUGUGUGUGUGUGUGUGUGUGUGUGUGUGUGUGUGUGUGUGUGUGUGUGUGUGUGUGUGUGUGUGUGUGUGUGUGUGUGUGUGUGUGUGUGUGUGUGUGUGUGUGUGUGUGUGUGUGUGUGUGUGUGUGUGUGUGUGUGUGUGUGUGUGUGUGAAAAGGUUCAGAUAUUUCGUAAAAGAAAUUCGAUUCAAUUUGAAAAAGUUAAAGAGAAGUUUUAAUAUUUGGAGAAAAAAAGUAAAUAAUUAUUAUUAGAUUUUUAAUAAAAAAUAUGUAAACAAGUUUUAAAAAACUCACAGAGAAAGUGAGAAAGGUCUCUGCAGGUCAAUGAGGUAAAACAUUUAACCAACCACCAUGAAGCCCCCCCACCACUUCAUGACUGACAUUAACUCAUUUUUACAUCACAAGUUCUGAGUAAAUAUGCUAAUGAGGCUAAUGAGGCUAAUGCUAAUGAGGCUAAUGAGGCUAAUGCUAACGUCGGUGAUGCACAGUCAGUGAAAUAAAACAAGCAGAGAUGUUAAAAGGUCUCCCCUCUGAGUCAGGGCUCUCAUCUGGCCCUCAUCCUCUUCUGUAGACUGUAGAGGUGUUCAUCUCAGUGGGCCUGAAGGACUGAGACAGGGCCGGUGGUCCUGGUGGUCCUGGUGGUCUCGGCUGUAGAGGCGAUGAGACGGAGCCGCUGUGUUUGUUGAGAGGGGUCAUGGAAGUGCUCUGUGAGGCUUCAGUGUUUCACACACGCCACAGAUGGUCCAUUUUAUUUUUGUAUAAGGUUUUGAUAAGUGAUAUCCUCGUGUUCACGGCGCUCUGCACCCAGAGGUUCCUGUCUAUUCACCGCCUCAUCUCCCGGAGGAUGAGCGCCCACACGCUUCCUGUGCAUGGUCUCUUCGGACACCGGAUGUUUCCAACAGUCCUCCUCCAGAGAGUGAAAGGGGAAUCCCUUCUGUCCUCAUCCUCUGCUUCAGCUUCUGUGUUUGCACAUCUAUGCCGAUCAAUGCUGUAUGGGUUUUCCUCCUGACGUUAUUUCAGGCUCUGAAAGUUAAUAAAAAGACCUUCUUGAGA